GUAUUAGGCAGCAUUAAAAAAAAAAAAAAAAAAAAAAAAAAAAAAAAAUGACCAGAAGGUCUGUAUCCACUCAUGGAGAUAAAGUUGUGGCAAAUGGACAAAAACUUUCCCAGAAUGGGACUCAGUUGGAGCCUAACGGGAAACAUGAUGGUGACGGUCCAAAGGGGAAGGUGGAACUGCGGAAGAAGGUGACCUUGCUCCGUGGGAUCUCCAUCAUCAUUGGGACCAUCAUUGGAGCCGGGAUCUUCAUUUCUCCCAAGGGAAUCCUGAAGCACACGGGCAGCGUGGGAAUGUCGCUGGUGGUGUGGAUUGCUUGCGGCGUGCUGUCGCUCUUCGGAGCCCUGUCAUAUGCUGAGCUGGGGACUUGUAUUAAGAAAUCUGGUGGACAUUACACCUACAUCCUGGAAGCCUUUGGACCUCAGAUGGCCUUCAUAAGACUAUGGGUUGACGUGAUUGCUAUAAGGCCUGCAGGGAUGGCGGUGAUCGCUCUGGCCUUCGGUCACUACAUCUUGGAGCCUCUGUUCAUGCCCUGUGGAAUCCCUGUCAUGGCUGUCAAACUGGCCACGGCUGUUGGCAUCACUUCAGUCAUGGUCCUGAACAGCUUAAGUGUGACCUGGACAGCCAGGAUUCAGAUCGUCCUCACCUUCUGCAAGCUCCUGGCCAUCGCCAUCAUCAUCGUGCCUGGGAUGCUCGAGCUCUUUAAAGGUGAAACCAGGAAUUUUGACAAUGCCUUUGACUUGGGCAGUAUUAAGCUGAGUGGUCUCCCUCUGGCCUUUUACUCAGGGAUGUAUGCAUAUGCUGGGUGGUUCUAUCUGAACUUUGUGACAGAAGAGGUGGACAACCCUGAGAGGACCGUGCCGCUGGCUAUCUGUAUCUCCAUGGUGAUUGUGACUUCCUGCUAUGUGCUGUCCAACGUAGCGUAUUACGCCGUCAUGUCGCCGGAGGAGCUCCUGGCCUCGGAGGCAGUUGCCGUGACGUUUGCCGAGAAGCUGAUGGGGAAGUUCUCCACGGUGGUGCCGGUAUUUGUGGCCAUGUCGUGCUACGGCUCCAUGAACGGCUGCCUCUUUGCCAUCUCAAGGAUGUUCUUCGUGGCAUCGCGUGAAGGACAUCUCCCCGAGGUUUUGUCUAUGAUCCACAUCCGCAGACACACUCCGCUGCCUGCUGUCCUCGCACUGUACCCUAUGACCAUGCUCCAGCUGUUUGUGGCAGACAUCUACAGCCUGUUAAACUUCAUGAGCUUCCUGCGUUGGCUGUUCAUCGGCGUGGCGGUGCUGGGAUUGAUAUACCUCCGAUACACGCAGCCCGAUCUGCCCCGGCCUUUCAAGGUGCCCCUCAUCAUCCCGGCGGUGUUUUGCCUCACAUGUUUCCUCAUGGUCUUCAUGUCUCUGUACUCGGAUCCAGUCAACACAGGGAUUGGUUUUGCCAUUUCCCUCACUGGCAUCCCGGCCUACUACAUCUUCAUAGUCUUUGACCGCAGACCAAAGUGGAUACAGAAGGCAAUAGAUUCCUGCAACAAAUUCCUGCAGAUCCUCCUGGAGGUCAUCCCUGCUGAAUAACACUCCACCAACACUGGGGCCCUUGUUUGGUUGCUUAAAGUCACAUUCUUGUACUGUG